GUGAGUCUUCCUGACUGUUACUUCAGUCACAGUCUGUUGGUGCUGAGAGUCAGAGCGUUCAGCGCUGUAGAUUCGACAAGAGCAGAUUUUUAUUUUUACUUUUUACUGUAUCAUCCCUCCAUCCUCAGAUCCUCCAUCAUGGCUCCAUCGGUCGUCCUCCUCCUCCUCUGUCUGCUGAGCUCCGUCAGAUCUCUGCCUCCUCCUCGGACCUCCUUCCUCCUCAACUCUGCAGACAGAUCUCUGGUCCACUUCAGCCUCCCUGACGUCCACAACACCACCACACUGUUGCUGAGUGACGACGGCUCCACUCUGUACGUGGGGGCGCGAGACGCCGUCCUCUCAUUGGACGUCAGGCGGAGUGAUGCCAUCAGCCUGAAGAGGAAGGUGGAGUGGAGUCCGUCUGACGCUGAGAUAAACGACUGUCGGAUUAAAGGGAAGAACCCGACGGUCGACUGUCCAAACUUUGUCCGUGUGCUGCAGCCGAUAAACUCCACCCAUCUCUACACCUGUGGCAGCUACGCCUAUAGCCCACAUGACGCCUACAUCGACGCUGAGAGCUUCUCCAUGGUCCAAAAUGACCUCAGUGCCAAAGGUCGCUGCCCGUUCAACCCCUUCCAUAGGAACACCGCCAUCACCAUCGACGGUGAGCUGUUCACUGCGACAACAACUGACUUCAGAGGAUCCGAACCACAGAUUUCUCGACACUUCAGCAAACAUGGCCGCCCAGAUGUCAACCAGGACUCUGUCAGUGUACUGCAGGAGCCAACAUUUGUCAGCACCGCGUCAGACCCAGCAGGGGAGAAACUCUACUUCUUCUUUAGCGAAGUUGGAAAAGAGUUCAGCUUCGUCGACGAGCUGAAAAUUGCCCGGGUGGCUCAAGUCUGCAAGGACGAUGUUGGUGGACAGAGGACUCUGCAGAAGAAGUGGACGUCCUUUGCUAAAGCUCCUCUGGUCUGUCAGUCUCCCAAACAACUUCCCUUCAAUGUUCUGCAGGAUGUUUUCACCCUGCAGCCACCAGAGGGCAGCGAUGCCUCAGAAACCCUGUUCUACGGUGUCUUCACCUCUCAGUGGUCCUCAGGUCCAGAGUCGGCAGUUUGCGUCUUUAAGCUGCAGGACAUCCAGACAGUGUUCGAUGGGAGCUACAGGACCUUCAACAUGCAGACUCACCAGUUGAGUUCCCUGCUGGGAAAACACUCCUACCUGGGAAAGUGUGGACUGGCCAAUGCUACAGAUUCUGAUCUAGAAGAGGUGAAGAAGAGUUUCCUGACCAGCAGCGUCGUAAAGCCAGUCACAGAUGGUCCUGUUGUUGUUUCUUCAGGGCAGCAGUACAGUCGUGUGGCUGCGAUGAGGACAAAGGCAGCCAAUGGCAAACAGUACACCACCCUUUUCCUUCUUACAGAGUCUGGAUUCCUGCACAAAGUGGUUUUGUUUGAUCAGGGUGCGCGGGUCAUUGAGGAGAUUCAGGUCUUCACACAACCUCAGCAGGUCAAAAGCAUCGUACUCUCUUCCACCAAGGGGGUGCUUUAUGUGGGAACAUCCGAAGGCGUGACCGCUGUACCUGUGACCAAAUGCUCAGUCUACAGAACCUGCAGCCAGUGUGUUCUGGCCCGAGAUCCUCUCUGUGGAUGGAGUCCAACCAAGGGGAUCUGCACCAGUCUGGACAGCAGUCCUGAUACCAUGGUUCAAGACCUGGAGAACAGCAAUGUGGAAAAAGUUUGUCAGCAACAAACCAGGACCAGGACCAGGACCAGUCGAGACACAGAGGUCAGCGUUAAUUUGAAUGAGGUAGCGACGCUUCAGUGUCUGAAACCUUCCAACCUGGCCACUCUGACCUGGACCUCCGCUCAGUUCAAAAACCUUCCAGAGAAACACUUCAUCCAAUCCGCUGAUGGCAGCCUCAGCUUCAUCGUCUCUGCUACCACCUUCGGGACCUACAGCUGUGAGGCAGAGGAAGGUGGGUACAAGGAAGUAGUCGCGAGCUACAUUGUCCGACAGAUGGCACCUCCACGCUCCAUCAACCCCUCACCAGAUGAGACUUAUGACAAUAUUGGAACUAAGGAACCACUGAUUCCUAUGAUAUACACUUCAGAAAACCUAGAGGACGACCUGACAAAGCACCAAGACAAUGAAUUCACAACCAAUUUUAAAGAUGAGACCACCUACAAUACUGAUGAUACUGAUUUGAAAAACACUUUUCAAAGCAAUGGUUUAACCCCCCCUGUGACCUCAAGAAAGGACACCCACUCCUGGAAAGAGCCGGUCGAUAUCACUCAUAAAGAGAAGAGUUACUACAGUGAGCUGGUUGUUGUUUCCCUCCUGCUGGUGAUCUGCAUCUGCAUCCUGGCAUUUGUAGGGCUACACAUGUGGCGCCAAAGGAAACCUGUCCACAAAGUGAAUCCUCUCGUCAGUCAGGAGGCUGGUCCUGAGCUGAAGGUGGUAACAGAAUAAUAGAGUUUUUGUGAAAGAUGCCUUGAACUCAAAUUUGGCUGGUUUAGCUCAAACAUUUGCCUCCAGGGGCUGAAACACUUAAUCAGCCCCUGAGAGUUCGCUCAGACUCAGUGUUUUAAAAUUCUGUUCUUCUGAGACGUAUUCUGUCCUCUGUCUAAAAGUAGUUUAAAAAAAUAUUUUACAUGGCCAACGUGCUAGGAAAAACUGAUCAAGCUGUUAGUUUUCUUAAAACCUGCUGGAAAUUACUCAAAAUGUCUUCUUUUUAUGGCCAGUGAUGGAGCUAGGCUAACAGUUUCCCCUCACUUCCAGUCUUUCUGCUAAGCUAGGCUAAUCACCUCCUGGACCUCUCCCUGUUGACACACAGAGAUGAGACUGAUAUCCAUCCAUCUCGGGACGCAUCGGGUUUGUUAUUAAUAUUAAAGCUAAAGACAGAAAACUAGAACUAGAUUUAAAUUUCAGUUUCAUUCAGUUUCACAGUAAAAGCAGAACUUUCAAUGACGCCGUCUGUCACCAGAUUUGAAACACUGGAGUUUCUAGGUCAUUCUGAAGGAGGAUGUUUGUAUUUAACUGGUGAUUUCUCCAGUUUUCUGUUCCUUAAACUUGAAUCAGGAGAUUCUUUGUUCCCCACGGGCCCAGAAGCCUUUGCUACAACUGGUUGUUUAUGAACUGGAACUACAAAAGUGCAAUAUCUGCUAAGAUUGGCCCCUAAUUAUCUGAUCUCGUUGCCUGGUCCAGUAGGAAGCAGUGAUUUAAUCAUUCUUUAGUUUUAAGACUUUCAUUAUUUUAGUUUAUAUUGUGCUAAUGUGUAAAUAUUUCUGAAUACAACUGUGUUUUAUGAAGUAAUUAACGCACAGAAAACCUCAGCAUGUACGGCUCAGUUAUGCUCUUAUGUCCAUUUCAAACAAUGUAACUGUGAGUGCCCACAUAUUUCCAUGUGUGCAUUAGCUUAGCAUGGAUAUUAAGCUUUGCAUCCACUAGAGGGCAGCUCAGAGUCAAAGGUUUGACGUCUCCUCAAAAAGUUCUGGGUGGUGACUGGGUGUGGGAGUUUGUUUUUUAUUUUAUUUUCACAGGAAGCAUCUGUAUUUUGUAAAAGCAGGACUCUGUAACUUCGCUGCGCAACAGCGCCCUCUGCAGAGAAAGUGCUGUCACUGUUACAAACACACCAAACUCUGUGUCUAAUUCUUUAAUGUUUUUUUAAUGUUUCCUGGUUUUUAAUGAUUACUGAAGCUGUUUAGCCAUAUAGUAAUAUCUUCAUUCAACAGGAAAAAGAUUUAGAAAAUGUUCUAGUUUUGUUUUUAUUGCAUUCUGCAUAAACACAAAUUAAAUAUUUUUAGACUAAAUUUUAGUUUUUAUUUAGUUUUUUAUGUGGUCAUGUUUAAUAUUGAUGUUUAAUUGAUGUUUUUGUUUUUUGUGAAUAAUUUGACACAGUUUUGUUUUUAAAAAAUCAGGAAGUGUAUAAACAUUGAAUUCUGUCUCUUGCUGUUUAAUUAGUAUCUUAUAAUCACACACAGUCACUGAUCACUUUGUGUAAAUGAAUGAAUGUCAGCAGGUUUAUGUGUAAAACCUGGAGGUGAAUGUAACGAUGGCUGGGAUCAAUAUAUCAAUAUAUCGGUAAUUAAUCAAUAAUCUGAAAUCUGUAAAAAAAAAUCAGUCAGUAACAAGUUAAAGCAUCUUAUGAUUUUUAAUAAUUUAUUAAUUCUUUAUUUAAGGAAAAUUUAUAAAUUUCUUUGUGUUUAGUCGUCAUGAUGAACUCUGUCGCCCCCGUGUGGUGCUAAUGAAAACUACAACAUGUUGAAUAUUUUUAUUUAAUGAAGAAUCAGAGUUAUUAGUAGUAUCAGUAAUUCUCUGCUCAUAUAUUGAUUUAUUGUCAUCCCUAAAUGUGAAUGUAAAUGUGUUUUGACUGUGAUGUUUUAUUGACUUCAGGGAUUAGAACUUUGUAGACCGAGUUUUGCUCUUAUAGAGUAUUUAUCUGUGUUGAUCCUCAAUCAGCCUUUUAUAGAUUUUAUUGUUUGUUUCUGAGCUGACGGUCAAAUUUAAGUUUUCCAAAAACUCUAAAUUUGCUUCAUAUGAGAGAACACACUGUCACCUGAUGGGGAAAUGAAUAAAAUACAACAAAUACAA